AUGACAGAUUCGAACACUACGACAGCGCCACCCUUGUGGACAGCAUCGAAAGUGCGAAGCACCUUCUUUGAUUAUUUUAAGGAAAGGCAACACACAUAUGUGCCAUCGAGCUCGACCAUCCCGUACGACGAUCCGACGUUGCUUUUUGCCAAUGCGGGUAUGAAUCAGUACAAGUCCAUCUUCCUUGGUACUGUUGACCCAUCCUCGGAUUUUGCCAAGCUGCGCCGUGCGUGCAACUCGCAGAAGUGCAUUCGUGCUGGUGGUAAGCACAAUGAUUUGGAUGAUGUAGGUAAGGACACCUACCACCACACGUUCUUCGAAAUGCUUGGCAACUGGAGUUUUGGUGACUACUUCAAAGCGGAAGCCAUUGAUUUCGCAUGGAAACUUCUUACAGAGGUGUAUGGCCUUCCGAAGGACCGUCUCUAUGUGACCUACUUUGAGGGUGAUGAAAAGAAUGGCCUCGAGCCUGAUAAUGAGGCGCGUGAUCUAUGGCGUAAGGUAGGAGUGCCUGACGACCAUAUCCUCAAGGGCAAUGCUAAGGACAACUUCUGGGAAAUGGGCGCUACUGGCCCAUGUGGUCCUUGCAGUGAGAUCCACUAUGAUCGUAUUGGCGGGCGCAAUGCCGCCUCUCUUGUCAACAUGGACGAUCCCAAUGUUAUUGAGGUGUGGAACAAUGUGUUUAUGCAGUACAACCGCGAGGAGGAUGGCUCGCUUCGUCCGCUGCCUGCGCGCCACAUUGACACGGGUAUGGGCUUUGAGCGUCUUGUCUCGAUUCUGCAGGGCAAAAGCUCGAACUACGAUACGGAUGUGUUCCAACCCCUGUUCGACAAGAUCCGUGAGCUGACGUCUGCUCGUCCUUACACGGGCAAGCUGGGCGCGGAGGAUGUCGACGGUAUUGACACAGCGUACCGUGUGGUUGCGGAUCAUAUCCGUACUCUUACAUUCGCGAUCAGCGAUGGCUGCAUUCCGGAUAAGGAUGGCCGUGGCUACGUUCUUCGUCGUAUUCUGCGUCGUGGUACGCGUUUUGUGCGCAAGUACUUCCAGGUGCCUAUUGGCCACUUUUUCUCGCAGCUUGUGCCUACAUUGGUCGACCAACUGGGCGACACGUUCCCUGAACUUACGAAGAAGGUGAAGGAGGUGCAGGCUAUCCUGGACGAAGAAGAAGCUUCCUUUGCGCGCACACUGGACCGUGGUGAAAAGCUCUUCGAGCAGUACGCUUCAGCUGCUCGUGCUGAAGGUCGUACCAAGCUGAACGGUGCGGAUGUGUGGCGUCUGUACGACACUUACGGUUUCCCUGUGGACCUGACCAGCAUUAUGGCUGAAGAGCAGGGUCUUACCUUCGACCAGGCCGAGUUCGAGAAGGCGCAGGCGGAAAGCAAGGAGGCCAGCAAGGGCCAGGGCAAGCAGCAGGAGACGGACGCUGUGAAGCUGGAUGUGCACGACUUGGGCUACCUGGAGUCGAACGAUAGUGUGCCGAAGACCAAUGAUGUCUUCAAGUACGACACGCCGUCUAUGUCGGCCAAGGUCAAGGCUCUGUUCCAGGCUCACAAGUUUGUGGAUGCCACUGGCUCGCUGCCCAGUGCGAGCGAGCCGUUUGGUGUUUUGCUGGACCAGACCAACUUCUAUGCGGAGAGCGGUGGUCAGCAGGCAGACACGGGUAGCCUGGUGAUCGAUGGCCAGGCUGAGUUUGAGGUCACCGAUGUGCAGGUAUCUAACGGCUACGUGCUGCACAUUGGGUCGCUUAAGUAUGGCUCGCUCAAGGUGGGUGAUGAUGUAAUUGCUGCCUAUGAUGAGUCGCGCCGUCGUCCUCUGCGUAACAACCACACGGGUACGCAUAUUCUGAACUUUGGUUUGCGUGAAAUUCUUGGCGACCACAUUGAUCAAAAGGGCUCGUUGGUGGCGCCGACCAAGCUGCGCUUUGACUUCUCGCACAAGGCGCAGGUGGGCGUGCCUGAGCUGUCGAAGAUCGAGGCGAUCAGCAACGACUUUAUCAAGCGCGAUGUGGGUGUGUUUGCCAAGGAAAUGGGUCUCGAAGACGCACAAAAGAUUCCUGGUCUGCGAGCCGUGUUCGGUGAGGCGUACCCGAACCCUGUGCGUGUCGUAGCGCUCGAGUUUGACGUGGAUGAGAUGGCUGCAGACUUGACGAACCCGCGCUGGCGCUCCACAUCGGUGGAGUUCUGCGGUGGUACGCAUGUCAAGCGCACUGGUGAGAUUGGCCAUCUGAUUAUCACGGAGGAGAGUGGUAUUGCCAAGGGUAUUCGUCGUAUUGUGGCUGUGACAGGUGACGAGGCGAUUCAAGUCACUCAAACCGCGGACGAUGCAUCGAAGCGACUGGACGAAAUUGACGCCGUCACAGAAGACAGUGCGAAGGAUGCACAACUCAAGGCGUUCAGCGUGGAGCUGGCGCGCAUGGAUAUGAGUGUGGUGCGCAAGGAUGAGCUCAAGACACGUUUCGUUAAAAUCCGCAAGGCGCUGGACACGCGUCUGAAGGCACGUGCCGCGGCCGAUGUGAAGGCGGCGCAGGAAGCGGUGACCAAGUACUUUACUGAGAAUCCUGACGCAAAGGUCUACGUCGCAAAGCUUGAUGUGGGUGCCAAUGCCAAGGCUUUGCAGUCAGGCGUGUCGGCUGCGCGCAAGCUGAACAAGCCCGUGUACCUCUUUGCGCAGGACACACCGGUGGGCGGAGGCAAGGCCAAGACCCUGUACGGCAACUUUGUACCUGCUGAUGACCUAGAGCGCGGUCUUGAUGCUGUGUCGUGGAACAAGGCUGUCUCCGAAAAGCUCCAAGGCCGUGGUGGUGGCAAGCCUGACGGUGCUCAAGGUCAGGGUGAAGCCUCGGCGGCGGAUUUGGACGAGGCGAUGAAGCUCGCUGACUCGUUUUUCGCCAUGAAGAUUGGCGCGUGA